AUGUCGAAGAUUCCUCCCGCACAGCUCUCGGAGGCCAUUCAGGCAGUCCUCACAAACCGCAAGGAGCGCAAAUUUAAGGAGAGCAUUGACUUGCAGGUGAAUUUGAAGAACUACGACCCGCAGAAGGACAAGCGUUUCUCGGGCUCCGUGCGUCUUCCCCACGUUUGCCGUCCCCGUAUGACUGUCUGUCUGCUGUGUGACCUUGUGCAUGAGGACAUCGCCAAGAAGAACAACGUCCCGACAAUGAACCAGGAGGAGCUGAAGAAGUUGAACAAGAACAAGAAGCUGGUGAAAAAGAUGUGCAAUCAGUACGACGC